AUGGUACCAUUAUUAUUUUUUAAUGUGGUUUUUCAUAUUGUAAGAUGUCAACUGGGAUUUUCAGUUCCUUGGAAGCUUAGCACUAUUGAUAAUGAUGCUAAAUGCUCAGAUUUUGUCAAAGAAUAUCUUAAUACAAAAAUUGAAAAGUUUAACUGCACUUGUAAUUCUUCUUGUUUCAACGAUAAGCAACUUAACAUAUUAGUGGUUUUUUUUAGAAAUUCAGCUUACAUUUAUCGACAAAUAUCAAAUUUUGAAGCGAAGCUUUUGUCUAAGAUUGGCCCAACUUGGAGAAAAAAAAAGUUUAAAAAGAAUAAAGUUAUAAGGAAACUUAAUCGUUUAUUAAAAAAUGGUUCGUAUUUAAAUGUGUGUUUUACAGAUACUGAAGAUAAUUUAUUAAAAGAUAAAAUAACAAAGAAAUUUACAAAUGUGGUAACUAAAAUAACAUUUUUUGAUAAACAUCAUGUAAAUAUUUCAUCACCCAAUUCUGCAAAAAUUAUUCUUCGAAAUUCUAUUACCUGCGAAUGCCUACUAUCCAAAAUAUUUGAUGAGUUAGAAUGUGAAGUUUUACAAAAAAUUUAUUGUAAACAGACUUGUGAAAAAGGGUCCUCAUUCGAAGAAUUUUUCAUCAAAUUACCGGAAUCUUUUUCACAAGCCAGUUUGCAGUGUCAAUUGUUGUCAUUAUUUACAAAAUAUAAUUCUUAUGAUUUGUUUUGGAACUUAUUGCAUUAUUUAACCAACGAUGAUCAGUUUAGUCGUUAUUUUAUUUUCUAUUUUGAAACGUCAUCUGAAAAUUUAAGUUCAGAUGAACAAAUGAAUUGGCGUACAUUAUUGUACCAUAUUCAACAGUAUAAAUAUUGGGACACUGAGCAAGUUUUUGGUAAAAAUGAGAUUGAUUUUUUUAUGUACAUUUAUGAGAAUAUAUUUUUUAAGAUGAAUUUUUUUACUAAAUUUGAAAUAAUUUCUCAAAUUUUAGAGAAUAAUCUUAAAAAUAAAUUUUUUAGUUUUAUUAGAGAGAUAAAAGAUAGUAUUUUAAGUAUACUUAUUGAACAUAAAAAUGUAAUUUAUUUUAUGAUUUCGCCUGAAAGUACGUAUUUUUUACUUAUGAACAACAAAGAGAAGUUUAAUAAUGAGAUUAGUUUAUACAAGGAAACCGUUUCUAAACUUUGCAAUAAAGUUCAUGCUGCACUAGAUUGCAUUUAUGAUGUUACCUUGAAUUAA